AUGAAGAGCUUCACCCUGAUCUCUCUUGCUAUGAGCCUUGGGCUCGCCAAUGCCCAGGUCCGUUUUUGCGAUGCCAACCGCAGGCCCAGCUGGGAAGAUUGCGCGUCUCUUAUGACAGACUUUGGCAUGGAGGGAAGCACCGAAAUCGCCCACAUCAACGGCGAGCUCGAUCCCGCUCCCUCUUGUAUGCAUUGGUGGUGGAUUGAUGGGAAUUGUCUCGUCACACACUGCUUCCAAGAGGAACCUAACGAUGGCGAGGGUGACCCUCGCUCCAUCACCGAAGGUCAAGUUUACCAGCUGUACGAGCCCAUCAAGUCUAGGUGCUCAGUACUCCGUGCUGGAGGCGAGUUCACCGGUAACUUCGAGUUCGUGAACGUCUUCAACGACGAGGGUGGGGACGGUGGUCCAAGCAAGCGCAUGAUGAAGCGAGAACUCUUCCAAGGCCUGAAGGGAGAAAGCCUUCCCAAUGGCAUGACCAAGGGUCACUCCAGCCUGGCAGAGUACCUCGAGUGGCGCAACGAUACCGCAUCCGCAGCCGAGCGUAUGGCCAGCGAUGCUCUCAAAGAGCGCGGUCUGGGCGUCCGCGAGAUUGCUAAGCGCCAGAAUGAGAAUGAUGACUACUUCCAAUUCAAUUUCGAGGCACUUGGCAUCCGCCACCCUACCAACUUCGAGCGCGGUCCGCGUCUGUCUAGUGGUGUUGGCUACACAUGGGAGACGUCCGAAACCCAGACCUUUAGCGUUACUACCUCGGUGAGCAUGGGAGCUUCUUGGGAAGUCUUCACAGCGAGCGUGGGCGUGGAAGUUACUGAAUCAGAGUCAUUUACGGUUACUGAGGGACUUACAUUCGACGUGGACUGUCCCAAUCAAGGCCAGGUCACCUUCUACCCCCUCUACGACUACUACGAGGUCACUGGGUACCCUAGCGAGAUCACCGUCGAAAUCUGGAUCCCUGUCCUCAGCAACGAUAGGAAGGUCAAUGGUGAGAUUGCUAUUGCUUGCCUUGGUUGA